AUGUCUGCCCCUCCCUCCGGCCACGUCCGCCUGGCGACAGCCUCGCCGGCCACGCACCCAGAUGGCACAGCGGCCACUUUGUCCCAGCUCGAGGCCAUUGCGCGCCGUGCCGCAGCCGACAAGGCCGACCUGCUGCUCCUCCCCGAGGCCUACCUGGGCGGCUACCCCCGCGGUGCCGACUUUGGUGCCAUCAUCGGCGGCCGCUCUGCCAAGGGCCGCGCUGAGUACGCCGCCUACUUCCGCCAGGCCAUCGACCUCGGCGACGUCGUCGGGCCCUUUGCCGCCGGCGCCGGUGAUGCCUGGCUGCGCCGCGAGCUACCCGCCUCGUCCCUCGACGAGAGCCAGACGGGCGGCGUGUCCCGCGGCGACGGCACGCGCGAGGCACUUGAACGCAUCGCCGCCCAGACGGGCGUCUUCCUCGUCACGGGCCUCGUCGAGCGUGCCGGUGGCAGCCUCUACUGCUCGGCCGUCUACGUCGACCCGGCGCGCGGCGUCAUCGGCAAGCGCCGCAAGGGUCAUGCCCACGGCCACCGAGCGCCUCAUCUGGGCCCAGGGCGGCACCGCCACCCUCAAGGCCGUCAGCACCGUCAUCCGCGGCACCCGCGUCAACAUGGCCGCCGCCAUUUGCUGGAGAACUACAUGCCCAUGCUGCGCCAGGGCGCUUCUACGCCCAGAAACGUCACUGUACUCGCGCGACGACGAUGCGCGCGAUGCCUGGCUGUCGCUGAUGCGGAGCGUCGGCUGCGAGGGCAGUGCUUCGUCGUGAGCUCCAACAUGGCCGUCAGAGAGAAGCCUUCUUCGGGUGCAAGUGGGAACGGCGUCCAGCAGCAGCAGCAGCAGCAAGGCAACGGGGUCCGCGGACGACAGGGCUCCUGCAUCACGGAGGAGGGCCACGAGAUUGUCCUACCAGGAGACAAGAGCGCCAGCACGAGUCCGACGGGCGCCCGCAAGGCGCGCCGCAAGAGCGUCAUGGUCGAGGAUGGCCACGAGGUUGUCCUCGGCUGUGACGACGACAACGGCAAGAGUAUGCCCGAGGGCCUCAAGCCGUCGGUGGACUGGACCAACGGCACCAAAAGGGCCGACGAUGCCGCGUCAGGGUGGUCCUGCCGCGGCGGCAGCUCCAUCGUCGGACCCUUUGGUGACGUUCUCGCCGGCCCGCAGUGGGAAGACGACGAGACCAUCAUCUAUGCGGAUGUCAACUUUGAGGACUGCGUCGGCGGGCGUCUGGACCUGGAUGCUGGCAGCAGCUAUUCGAGAAACGACUCGUUCAAGUUUUCGGUCGAAGGGCUGGAUCUCGAGCCUUUACCUUAUUACUAG